CCAUUUCCAGAUGCACUGCACUCUGCGGAAAAAGGACAGCCACCGCAGUUUCGGACAAUUCUUCCUACUCUCCACACAGAAUAAGCUACAUCUCUCUUUGCUCUAACAUCUAUCUCAACAGUCUUGAUCUAUCUCAAAAGUUCAACUUUCUAACCCUUGAGUUAAGCGCAGGGUCGAACAUACAUUCGCUACCAGACUUUGGAUAGUUUCAUUCCUGAGCUGCAAGUCGGGAAUUGCGUACAUUCCGAUCCACCGCAUCUAUCGCUACAUUUCUCCAUACCUCUUAUUUUGACAUUCCUCAUACGACACCCCACAUUCCUCGCAUCGCCAGACAGAUCGCACCCAGAGACGGCAGCCGUCUCACACGGCAUCGGCUGCAUCCCUCGACGGACAGCUCUCUCCGUCCCUCGGGAGCCGUACGAGGAACGAAGGGAUAGUAUAGAGUCAAGCAAGGAAGAAGGGAAAGGAGAAGGGCAGUCGCAAUGGCGAACCUCAGAUUUGCGGUUAGCAUGCAGAGGCUGAUACCAUUCCUCGGCUUUCAUCACCUUCUCAUGAUCCUAAUCGCCAAUGCCAUCAUACUACUUUCACUCCUCCUAGCAGGUUGCUCCUCAACAUCACCUCUCAUCCCAGGAAUAUUCCUCAUAUCCCUCUACUACGAAAACUAUGCACCCACAUACGAUCCCGCGCAAGUGGAUCCUGGCGUCACAUCCGCCAUUGCAAACAUUGUUGGGCAAGCUUCAAUGGAGGUUAGAGUCGGAUACUUCGGUCUCUGUGUCAACCCUGAUGGCGGCAGCUGGCUAUGUACGAGCAAUGCCACAUCCCUGGCACAGCAAGUUAGCGUAGACCAGGAUCCACUCAACCUGAUCUGGGUCGCGAGUACAUUCAAGGAUAGCAUUGUCUUUCCGUACCUGCUGAUCGUAGCAAUUGUUCUCGCAUUCUUCACCUUUAUCCUGCUUGCCACAUUUCCGGGCUGGCACGAAGAGCGUGACGCAACAACCGGUUCCGACGUCGAUGUAAAGCCGUUCCCAUCUCGACCUGUCUCACAGAUUGCUCUCGCUCUGAUCUUCGUCAGCUCCAUCUUCGUGCUUGUAUCUGUAUUGUGGCAACACACUGCAUCCGUAGCAGCAGCGACAGUAGCCCAAGAUCUAGGCAAUGGGAGUGUGAGAAGUGGGGUCGGAACAGCUGCCAUGGUGCUUGGUUGGUUCGGCUUCGUGCUACUCAUAAUAGUCACGAUCGGUCUCUUGGUCAUCAUAAUAAGCAUGGUCGUUCUGGACAGACUGACGGACGACUAAGAAGACGAUGUCAUUAGGGGGAACAAUGCUGGACGUUAUAUAUGGGACGCAGACAUACGACAAAAUAAUGGGUUUCGAUGACGACAACGUACAAAAGAAGGAAGAGAUCGGUUCAACGAGAUGGUGGAGGUCCAUUUCUGUUCAUGAGCGUGCAUAAACUUAUUCCCCCUUCAUGUCUUCCUAUUUUCAGUACUUGGGAAGCGCGGACGCAGAUUCGUCAUAUCGGUGCUACGAUGCCACCGACGCGCUGGCAUAUGAGCUCGGAGUUACUGGGUGGGACACUUUUGAAGUUCAACUGAUGGGGAAUGCAAUGGCGAUGUAUCCAGCCCAAGCCGCCUGGGAACUGUACGUAUAUAGAUGACCCAUGAGAUGGGACCGAAUGAAUUAAAGAUUGAACAAAGCUCGACAAAGGCCCUGA